UCCUAAGAUGUCUGUGGACAUGAAUAGCCAAGGGUCUGAUAGCAAUGAAGAGGACUAUGACCCAAAUUGUGAGGAAGAGGAAGAAGAGGACGAAGUCCCUGGGGACAUAGAGGACUAUUACGUGGGAGUGGCCUUUGGGGUCCCCCCCUGGGAACACCAGGGGGCUGAUGCCUUUGAUCCCGAGGAGUACCAGUUCACUUGCUUGACCUACAAGGAAUCUGAGGGUGCCCUCAAUGAGCACAUGACCAGCUUAGCCUCUGUUCUAAAGGUAUCUCAUUCAGUUCCUAAACUUAUAUUAGUUAAUUUCCACUGGCAAGUUUCAGAGAUAUUGGACAGAUACAAGUCCAAUUCUGCUCAACUGCUCAUUGAGGCUCGAGUUCAGCCUAAUCCAUCAAAACAAGUUUCCACAUCCCAUCCCCCUCACCACUGUGCAGUGUGUAUGCAGUUUGUGCGAAAGGAAAACCUACUCUCUCUGGCCUGUCAGCACCAGUGUUGCCGAAGUUGCUGGGAACAGCACUGCUCAGUUCUUGUCAAGGAUGGCGUGGGCAUGGGAGUCUCUUGUAUGGCUCAGGACUGUCUGCUCCGUACACCAGAGGACUUUGUGUUUCCAUUGCUUCCCAAUGAAGAAUUGAGAGAGGAAUACAGGCGCUACCUCUUCAGGGACUAUGUGGAGAGCCAUUACCAGCUCCAGCUGUGCCCUGGUGCGGACUGCCCCCUGGUUAUUCCGGUACAGGAGCCUAGAGCUCGCCAAGUACAGUGCAAUCGGUGCAAUGAAGUCUUCUGUUUCAAGUGUCAUCAGAUGUAUCAUGCACCCACAGACUGCGCCACUAUCCAGAAAUGGCUCACAAAGUGUGCAGAUGACUCUGAAACAGCCAACUACAUUAGUGCUCACACUAAAGACUGUCCCAAGUGCAACAUCUGCAUUGAGAAGAAUGGAGGCUGCAAUCAUAUGCAAUGCUCCAAAUGUAAACACGACUUCUGCUGGCUGUGUCUAGGAGAUUGGAAGACUCAUGGCAGUGAAUACUAUGAAUGCAGUCAUUACAAGGAGAAUCCUGACAUUGUGAACCAGAGCCAACAAGCCCAGGCAAGGGAAGCCCUCAAGAAGUACUUAUACUACUUUGAGAGAUGGGAAAACCACAACAAAAGCUUGCAGCUAGAGGCACAGACAUACCAGCGGAUUCACGAGAAGAUUCAGGAGAGUGUCCUGAACAAUCUGGGAACAUGGAUCGACUGGCAAUACCUACAGAAUGCUGCCAAGCUCUUGGCCAAGUGUCGAUACACCCUGCAAUACACCUACCCAUAUACAUAUUACAUGCAGUCUGGACCCAGGAAGAAGCUGUUUGAAUACCAGCAGGCUCAGCUGGAGGCUGAGAUUGAAAACCUCUCAUGGAAAGUGGUGUGCUAUGACAGAGGGGACUUGGAGAACCAGAUGCAUAUAGCGGAGCAGCGGAGGAGAACCCUGCUGAAGGAUUUCCAUGACACCUAAGUUGGGAUGUGGAUGUGCUGGGGUGAGGAAGCUGCAAGGUCUCCCAGCUGCUGUACUGCAUGCCGCAGGCUCUGCAUUUCAUGACCCCAGGCGACAGCCAGGGCUCCACUCCUGAGAGACACUGGCAACACCUCUUAGUUUAUUUCUGUUUUUUUCUCUUUUCACUUUUUGUUUCUACCAGGGUAGAGGCCAUGUUGAACUGGCCUCUUUUCAGGACUUUUAUUUCCCCCUGGAUGGUUGUUGGGAGGGAGGGAAAGUGUUUUCUGAAUGGCUAUUAUUAGUAUUAGAUCAUUACGACUUAUGUAACUUUCAAAGGUUGUACAAUUAUACAAAG